UUGUACCUUCAGUCUUCGCAAGCUGUUAUGAAGCUUUUCCUUUGCUUUGUGCUUUUUACUACUUGUGGAGCAAUACACUUUCAUUCGCGAAAAGAUUAUACUAAAUGGGAUUGGAACAGAUUAAUGAGCGAGCUCACCCAUGCUCUCAAAUAUUAUCAUUUGGAAGAGCUGUUACCUAGCCUCGAUCUUAGAGAUGUAAACUUGACUAAUAGCUGUCGUGAUGACUUGAUGUUCUUGACCGACUCCAUUACCGAUUUGUUGAGAGAAUUCGAAGGCAUAAUGAAAGGGAACAAGACGGAAAUCUCUCCGUCGGGCAAACUGUUAGCUUUACCAAUGUUGGAUUCCUCCUCCAAAAUUGGACCUGGAAUCUUAAGAGGUCACAUACACUUUUUAGGAUUUUUGCCGCAGUGCAUCAAAGUGAAGGUUUAUCUUGACUUGCCUUCGUUCCAAACCAACAGUUGUAUUGAGACUUAUGACUGUCCAAGCCUUGAUCUCUGUCUGCCACAUAGCUGCAAGAAUGACGAAUUAACUCCUCUCUUCCGAUCAAUCAAAACAGGAAAGUGGAAAAAUCAAGUAAGGCGAGCUGAGCAUAUAAACGCUAACAUCCCUCCCCCCGAUGUUGGGACUUUCAUUAUUCUAAGUUUGUUUCUUGUUCUACUAGCAUCAUGUCUUCUGUCAAGCGUUAUAGACUGUUUUUGGCUUUCAAAAGAGAAGGACACGAUUGGGAACUACUCCAAGCUCAUAAUGGCUUUUUCUUAUCAUAGAAAUGUGAAAGAAAUAUUUACUGUGAGUAUAUCUCAGGAAGAUCAUAUACCUGUUUUGCAUUGUAUGAGAUUUCUCUCCAUAGCAUGGGUUAUCGCAGCACACACCUAUGGCUUUUUAUCUCUUGUAGUGAAAAAUCCAUUGGAUCAGCUGGACACUGUUCACCACGGAUAUUGGACAGCCUUUUAUGCUAACGGGUUUCCAGCUGUUGACACUUUCUUCUAUAUGUCUGGCUUACUGUUGAGUUACCUAUGGUUCAAAGAGUUCCGAAGAAACCGUUCUCGAACCAUGUCGCUGAAAGCUUGGUCAUUCUUUUAUAUUCAUCGCUUCAUUCGCUUGUCUCCUGCUUACUACCUGACUCUCCUGUUCUACACGUUCGUGUUCUCACGAUGGUAUACGAAUAUGCCUGUACUGACUUUGUCGGAAAUCCAAAAUGAUACUUGUCGAGAUCAAUGGUGGAUAAACGUCCUGUAUCUGAAUAAUUUCAUUUCGCAAGAGAAAAUGGUAGGUUAUCAGAAAGAAAGGAGAGCAUUCUCCAGUGUUUUGUUGUUUCUUGUGCUAAUUCCUUUCGCAUUUUCUGGCUAUUUUGGAGGUUUGACAGUUGCUGUCGUUUUCAUCUCUACCUCAAUCGGUCUAUCGUUCUAUCAAGUUUAUCACUGGAGUUUUCCGCCUUUGCUCUAUAGAUUAGAUGCUCAGCAUAAGGAUGUUACAGAUGACUACCAGUUCUGGAUGUAUUAUCAGCCUUAUAUUCGUUGUCAGCCGUAUAUAGUUGGCAUCAUAGUUGGCUAUUACCUGCAGUUCACUAGAAGGCUUAUCAUUCCUAAAGUGCUAAAUUGUUUUGCAUACGUGUUCUCUUUCGGCUUGUUCUUUGCUAUUGUGUUUGGAGUGAACGCGUUAUACAAUAGCCUCGCUAAGCUGGGGUGGUCUCUGGCUCUUACUUGGUUAACAAUAUCGUGCCAUUACAACAAUGGAGGAGCUGUUCAGAGCUUUAUGAGCUGGUGGAUUUGGAUCCCCCUGGGAAGAUUAUCAUUUUGUGCUUAUCUCAUUCACAUACCUCUAACUCUUUUUGUUUGGGGACUAGAUAAGUAUGAAAAAGUUUAUUCAGGAGAACUAGAUGCGUUUAUCAACAUCAUCCUUCCAUCCAUUUUCUAUUCGUUUGGAAUGGCUGUUUUCUGGAAAGCUCUGGUCGAAAUGCCAUUCAGCAAAAUGGAGUUUUUCUUUCUCCAACGUUGGGGAAAAGAGUCGUCGUUCGUGAAAGAAUCCUCUAUGAAUAAGCAGACAGUUGCAUGUAUCAACUCUUGCAAAGUGUCUGUAAUCAACAAAGACUUUACACAGCUAUGA